GGUAUAUUUUAAAUUUUAAAUUGAAAAGACGUGGACAACCACGAUUUUUUUUUAACACUCUCCCUCCCUAUUUUUGUAACCCUCUCCCUUCUCUUUCUCUUCUUCCUUACCAUUUUCUUUCUCCUUCCAAAAACAAAGACGCUCAUUCAAUUGAUUCUCAAGAGUUUUCUCAUUUUCUCUCUCCUCUUUUAUCGCUGCAUUCUUCAUCGAAUUCUAGUCAUAUAAGAUGGCAGACGUAGAGGAUGUUCAACCACUUGUUUGUGACAAUGGAACUGGAAUGGUUAAGGCUGGAUUUGCUGGAGAUGAUGCUCCGAGGGCUGUGUUCCCCAGUAUUGUAGGUCGUCCUCGUCACACUGGUGUCAUGGUUGGUAUGGGCCAGAAGGACGCAUAUGUUGGAGACGAAGCCCAAUCAAAACGAGGUAUCUUGACCUUGAAAUACCCUAUUGAGCACGGAAUUGUCACCAACUGGGAUGACAUGGAAAAGAUCUGGCAUCAUACCUUCUACAAUGAGCUUCGAGUUGCUCCUGAGGAGCACCCAGUCUUGCUUACAGAAGCACCCCUUAACCCAAAGGCCAAUCGUGAGAAGAUGACCCAGAUCAUGUUCGAAACUUUUAAUGCUCCUGCUAUGUAUGUCGCCAUCCAGGCUGUUCUCUCCCUAUAUGCUAGUGGUCGUACUACUGGUAUUGUUUUGGACUCUGGUGAUGGUGUGAGUCACACUGUUCCCAUCUACGAGGGUUAUGCCCUCCCACACGCUAUUUUGCGUCUGGAUUUGGCUGGACGUGAUCUCACUGACCACCUCAUGAAGAUUCUAACUGAGAGAGGGUACUCUUUCACCACCACUGCUGAGAGAGAAAUUGUAAGGGAUAUAAAGGAGAAGCUGUCAUACAUUGCUCUUGACUAUGAGCAGGAGAUGGAGACUGCCAAGACUAGCUCUGCAGUUGAGAAGAACUAUGAAUUGCCCGAUGGGCAGGUUAUUACCAUCGGUGGUGAGCGUUUCCGAUGCCCUGAAGUCCUUUUCCAGCCAUCCAUGAUCGGUAUGGAAGCUGCAGGUAUUCACGAAACCACUUACAACUCCAUCAUGAAGUGUGAUGUCGAUAUCAGGAAAGAUCUGUACGGAAACAUUGUUCUCAGUGGAGGAACCACAAUGUUCCCGGGAAUUGCUGAUAGAAUGAGCAAAGAAAUCACUGCUUUGGCUCCAAGCAGCAUGAAGAUCAAGGUUGUAGCCCCACCUGAAAGGAAAUACAGUGUCUGGAUUGGAGGGUCCAUCUUAGCAUCUCUCAGCACAUUCCAGCAGAUGUGGAUUGCAAAGGCAGAAUAUGACGAAUCUGGUCCAUCAAUUGUUCACCGCAAGUGCUUCUAAAUUCUUUCUGUUGGAUUAUAGAGGUGGAAGAAGAAUAAUCUUCCCAUUGGGGCAAACAAAUUACGGCUUGCAGAUUUUUUUUUUAUAUGACCGAGUUCUUUUGAAGUAUUAUAUUUUACAAGUUUAUUGUCAUUGUUGUCCACUGUCUAGACUUGGCCUAUUGAGAGUUGAGACUGGACAGGGAAAAAAGAAAAAGAAGUUAAAAAUUAAAUUCGUUCAUUAUUUUGUUUUAUUUAGUUGAAUUUCUUGUUCAAUUAUAAUUGAAGAGUAAUCUGUGAUAUACUAACUUUUGUCCAUUUUGUUACUAUUAAAAAUUUCACUUUCUUUAUUCAUGAAAUAUAUAACGAUGUUGUAUUCC